AUGGUGGACCUGAUGCAAGAUGAGGUGUUCAUGGCUUUCAGCACUUACUCACUUAUAGUUAUCCUGAAGUUGAUGAUGAUGGCGCCGAUUGUUGCUCAUUACCGCUUCAGCAGAGGGGCCUUCGCCAAUGAGGAAGAUGUGGGCCAUCGACCUACGGAGGACAAAAAGAAGAUGCUGAGAACACACCCAGAUGUUGAACGAGUUCGUAGAUGUCACCAAAACGACUUGGAGAAUGUCAUUCCCUUUGUGUUGGUGGGCUUUUUCUACGUUCUGAGCGGACCGGAACCGUCAGCCGCCCUGCUUCACUUCCGCCUCUUUGCCGGUUCUCGGAUCUGCCACAGCAUCGUCUACCUGGCCGCCGUGCGUCAGCCCUGCAGGGUUCUGUCCUUUCUCGUAGGCGUGGCGGUCACCCUAUCGAUGACCUACCACAUCCUCAGUAAAGUUCUUGUUCUCUGAAGAUGACAGACACUGCCCCCAGAACUGUUUGUUUACUUCAGUUUGCUAAAUCUCAACGACUACCGUAAAAGGUUUUGGGUGGCGAUGGUGCUGAAUGUUGAGCAUUUAAAUAAUGAAAAAAUAAUACUCCACCUCAUUUUGCUCACCGUCUGAGAAAUUGAUGAAACUUAAUCAGUGUACUAGGUGCAAACUUGAAAGUGGGUUUGAAAUCUGUGGACUCCAUUAACGUGAAAAAAAAAACAAAACAGGUAACUUAAAUAUACAAAGUAAAUUAUGACUUGGGGUCUGAUCCUUCACCACCAAUCUGGUCUUUUACUGCCACUCCCGAGUCCGAAUUUAGAGUUGUAUCUGAAGGGUCUGUUGAUUCAGGAUCUUCAUCUGCUUGAUUUGGAAUUUCCAUACAACAUCAGUGAAUAUCGAUAAUGGUUCCUUGAUGCUCUUAUUUUCUUGCUGGGGAACUUUGAGGGGUUUUUCAGCAGCUUCAUUCUCAACCCCCAGCAAUACCACGUGGCUAAACUCCAGAUAUUCACGAAAUUCUGCUCAGUUCUUGAUCGACGGAGUCCAAAAUCUCAAAUGACUAAACCAGGUUUGGAGAACGAUCAUGGCACCUUCUUUUGUUUGGUUGGCUACCCCCACGACAAAGUGGUGAUAGCCAAGUUUCAUCCCGGUCGCUUUGUUUAGUCAGGUAAAAUUUGGAAAGUAUUCUGCAAUUUUUUACAACUUUAUUGGGGGUUCGACAAGCUGCAAAAGUAUACAUGGUCUUCUGACCUACAUUGCAGCUGCCUAUAUUCAAAAUAAAGUUGCCUUG